AGAAGCUUCUAUGUUAAAUUCGGUUCAACAAGCUUCUUCCUUCCUGUCGGAAAACUAAGCUGCCUCUGGACCCCACGUCUCUAGCGAGGCGGCCAUGAGACGAACACACAGAGGCAGCGGAAGAAAUGACGACCGUCGCUAUAUCCGCCGUGACGACGGAAGUGGUCGGAUUCUCAAUCCGGUUGACGAUCAUCCACAACAAUCGGAGCAUCAGCAGGAAGACAUGACGACGACUGCCGCCACGGAUCGGUCGUCGUCUGCAGCUUCACCGUCUACUUCUCACUCAUCGCAAAGCCUCGAUCACACCACAAAAGCUCGCCGGAAUCCUAAACCGGGGUCUCGGAGUCGGCGCGGCCGUGGUGGGUCAAAUUCAAAACCGGAGGUGCAUUUCUCUGAACCGGAUGCUGCUGAUUACUUGGCAGAUGAGCUGAGUAGCUUAAAGCUGCAAAAGAAUUCGAAUUCAGAGGAGAAGAUUCAUGUCGGUUCUGGUGAUCACUCGAAUUGUGAGGUAUCGGAGGAGAAGAGAGGUGAAAAUGAAGAAAUCGCUGAUGUUGGUGAUGAGACGAACGGAGAUAUUAUGUUGACUAUUCUGAACGACUUGCGAUCUAGCGUCAGUGAACCGGAGCUAACCGAGGAGCAACUAAGGAUCAAUGAUCAAUUGCAAGAAGAUGAGCUUUUGGCACUGGGAUACAUCUAUGGAGAAAACAUGCUCAUCCUUAACCGGCACAAAGAUAUGCGAUACUUUCAGAUUCAUGUAAACGUUGAAGCUACGACUAGUGAAUACACCGUCUCUGCGAAGCUUAACUUACAAGCUGACUCAAGCAAAGAGUCUGAAGAUUUCUUGUAUUCAUUCAAGGCUCAUCACCUUCCUCCGAUCGUGUUGACAUGUUUAUUACCAAACGCGUAUCCGAGCGACUUACCGCCUUUUUUCUUGCUAAGUGUUCAGUGGAUGAGCCCUGACAAGAUCUCAAGCCUCUGCUCGAUGCUGGACUCUAUGUGGAAGGAACAGCCAGGGCAAGAAGUACUGUACCAAUGGACAGAUUGGCUACAGAACUCGUCGGUUUCUCACCUCGGCUUUGAAGAUGAUGAGAUUGUUCUUGGUCCUUAUGGCGUCACAUGUUCCAGAGACAAGCGUGCUGUCUCUGGAAGCCGUUCACCUGACGCAGACAUCCCUUAUAUCAGGAGCUACGACGACGAGAAACGACAUGAGAGCUUCCUCAAGAGCUUACACGAGUGCUGUAUAUGUUUCUCUGAAUCCGCAGGUUUCGACUUUGUGAAGCUACCGUGUGAGCAUUUCUUUUGUGUGAAGUGUAUGAAGACUUAUACGGACAUUCACGUCUCUGAAGGAACAGUUAACAAGCUUCAGUGUCCGGAUUCGAAAUGCGGAGAGAUUGUUCCUCCAGGUGUAUUGAAGAGAUUGUUGGGAGAUGAAGCUUUUGAGCGUUGGGAAACUCUUAUGUUACAGAAAACACUUGAAUCCAUGUCUGACGUCGCUUACUGUCCUAGAUGCGAAACACCGUGCAUAGAGGACGAGGAGCAGCUUGCUUUAUGCUUCAAAUGCUACUUCAGUUUCUGUACGCUUUGCAAGGAGAAGCGACACGUUGGUGGGACUUGUAUGACCCCUGAACUUAGGCUUCAAAUCUUGCAGGAUCGUCAAAAUUCUACUCGUCUUGGAGAUGAACAAAGGAGAAAGGAGAAAGAUAUGAUCAAUGAGAUUAUGAGUGUGAAUGUGAUAAAGCAAAGCUCCAAGCAAUGCCCUUCUUGCAAAAUGGCCAUCUCAAGAACAGGAGGUUGUAACAAAAUGGUCUGCAAUAACUGUGGCCAAUACUUUUGUUACCGUUGCAACAAAGCUAUCACUGGUUAUGAACAUUUCAGAGAGGGAACAUGUGAUCUGUUCCCACAAGAAGCGAUUCAAGAAUGGAACCAAAGAUUGAAUGAGCAACGACAAAUUGGACAGAUUCAAGCUCAGUUGUUUGCACAGCACGGUCAGUUUCCGCAGCAUGGUCAGUUAUGUCCUAAUUGCCGCCAGUUUAACGCAAAGGUGGGAAACAACAAUCACUUGUUUUGUUGGGCAUGUCAAGCACAUUUUUGUUACCUUUGCAAGAAAGUGGUGAAGCGAUGUGCUCAGCAUUAUGGACCAAAGGGUUGUAAGCAGCACACUGAUGGGUAAAGAGCAUGUUUUGGGAAGAUCAAGAACAGAUUCUGUUUUUUCUUCUUCUCCAGAGGUUUUUUGUUUUAAGGUCCAAAUGAACAUUGAUAGGUUUGAUUCAUGUUUCGACUUAGGUUUUUAUAUUUAUUAUACUAUGUUCUUGUUAUGUUUUCUCAUUUGCUUAAGGUCCAACAAAAAAUAUGAUAAGUUUGGUUCAGUCUUUGAAUAUCGAUAUGUUCUUACGUUUCCUAGAUUCGAUUCGAAUUUUGACAAAUUUAAAUUAAACCUUUUGUUGGAAGUACAAAGAAGAACAGGGAGGUUCCAAGAUUAGCAUGGUUUCUACGUAUGUGGCUUCUGUACAGGGCCGUGCCUAUGUAGAGUUAGAAGAAGCAUUCGCCUACAUCAAACAAUUUUAUAUAAAGUUUAAGAAAUUAUAUUUGUAAUUAUUUUUAUGUCAAAUAAUUUUAUACAAAGUUUAAGAAGUUAU